AGGCGAGCCUUUCCCUUUUGUUUCAACCCCAAGAUUGCAUUUUUGAAACCCCAGCAUGUUGAUACAGCUGUCGUACUGGAACAGUUUGCUUUUGAACAUUCUGUUAGAGGAUUCUGUAGCCCGCUGGUCGAGUAUCGCAUCCGAUUUUCUAACAACCUUUGUUACGGUCUCUUCAACAUCUGUGACAUGACAGAGCGAAAAGACUGGUGGAUGGCGACAAAGGUGCGGGGAUGGAACAUCGGCGGCUGCCCCGAAGACGUCAGGAGGCUCAUGCUCGUCCACAUAAUCGCAACUCAAGGGUGCAGCCCUGUGGUGACAGACGAAGACAUGGACUACCCCAAGAACUGGUUGAAGAUACUCCAUGGCGAGGAAAGAUCCCCGAGCGAGCUUGUUGGCCACCGGCCCGACGGUCGAACAGUAUGCAUUCACUCGAUAGCCGUCUGCCCCCAUCUUCAAGGCCUGGGCCUCGGCACUGCUACGUUGAAGUCGUACGUUCAGCGCAUUCACAGCUCGGGCGUUGCAGACCGCGUCGCUCUCAUUUGCCGCAAAUCGGAGACCAAGUUUUUCCAGAAAUGCGGCUUCAGAAAUAUUGGUCGAAGCAAUACGACGACUCUCACUGGUGAAUUUUACAAC